AUGGACCAGAUAAUGCUGGACGUGAAUGAUCUUCAUCGGAGGCGCCAACCCCUAACAGAUGCUUCAAGGCGAAUCAACCACCCCAAAUCUCCCAAGGGCCCUGAUACCCCGGGUUUGCGAUUGGAAGAUACCGAAAUGAAGAGUCCAGAUAGAAUGUCGGCGGUCAUGAGUCCCACUCCCAAGGAAAACAAGGAAAAUCAGCGUCUGUCCGUGGCUACGGACUUUCACCCUGAUUCUGCUCGAAACUCGGUCAUGUCGGCUGCGUCUAUCCUUUCCAACAAGGGCAAGAGGAAGACCCAUGUCGGACCAUGGCAGCUGGGACGAACACUGGGCAAGGGGGCUACCGGCCGCGUGAGACUCGCUAAACAUGCUGUUACUGGCAACACAGCUGCUAUAAAGAUCGUGUCCAAGAAGUCGGCUGCUAUGGUGCAGAGCGAAAGUAUUGCCGCCAUGGAUCGCAACGUCGGCCACUAUCCAAGUUCGGGGAAUGCUCGCCAGAUGCCUUGUGGCAUCGAGCGUGAGGUGGUGAUUAUGAAGUUGAUUGAGCAUCCCAAUGUCAUCAGUCUUUAUGAUGUGUGGGAGAACCGUGGUGAACUGUAUCUUGUUCUGGAAUACGUCGAAGGAGGGGAGCUUUUUGAUUAUGUCUCUAACAAUGGACCGCUACCAGAGGAAGAAGCAGUGCGUCUGUUUCGCCAGAUCAUUGCGGGACUAGGGUAUUGUCAUCGAUUCAACAUCUGCCAUCGGGAUCUCAAGCCGGAGAACAUUCUUCUGGACGCACAUCACAAUGUCAAGCUCGCUGAUUUUGGCAUGGCUGCCCUGCAACCUGCCGGCCACUGGCUGAAUACCUCUUGUGGAAGCCCGCACUACGCCGCCCCGGAGAUUAUCUACGGCCGAAAGUACCGGGGAGACAGGGCAGACAUGUGGAGCUGCGGAAUCAUUCUUUAUGCUCUGUUGACUGGAUACCUGCCCUUCGAUGGCGGUGACCUUGCCAACACCCUGCGCCUGGUUAAGAAGGGAGAUUACAUCAUUCCACCAGAGUUGAGUGAUGAGGCGGCUGAUCUCAUUCAGCGCAUCUUGCAGAAGAGACCCGAGGACCGUAUCAGCAUGCAGAACAUCUGGAUGCACCCGUUACUGACCAAGUACGAAAAGUUGCACAAUGCCAUGUCCAAUCACUUCAUUGGUCCUCCACCUCCUUUGUCCAUUAAGGAUUGUGGAGCGCCAGUGACUAGUCGACUAGAUAUUGACGUUGACAUUCUGCGAAAUCUCCAGACCUUGUGGCACGACGUCAAGGCGGAAACAUUGAUGGACAGGCUGAUGUGCAUUGAACCAACCCACGAGAGAUUGUUCUACAAUGCCCUGGUCAAGUUCCGGGAUGAGCAGCUUGAGAAUUAUCAGGGCCAGCCCCUCGAGUACUCCGCCAGUGACUACCACCACAUUUCUCGCCCUGGCGGUCGAGUGCGAAGGGGCCGGAGUCAGACCAAGCGGCGUUACCAAUUUACGGCCAUCAAGGAUCUCCCACGUCGUCUUAGCUCUACCCAGGAUCCCAUGUCCUCGGGAACUGUCGAGAGCUACGACCCCUACCGAUCUCCCAAGAAUCGGAUGUCUGAUGAAGCGCAGUACGCAGAGAUUACUAUCUACCGGGGUCCUGAUGUUCCUAAUCACGACAAGGGCGAGGGAUCGCCAGCCGUCAAGCCACCGCCCGUUAUCACGGAAGAAGUUGAGAAGGAAGAAGAAGCCGACGACCCAACGGGUUCACCAUUCACAGUACUUCAGAAACGGAAGCACAAGCCAAGCUCCAUGAAGUCGUUCCAUUCUUCCAAGGUCCCGCACUCCAGCUCUCGGGCUCCAGUCAUGGCUCCUCGUUCCACCAGCUACCGGCGCAAUGUUUCCUUCCGCCAUGCUCGCAACAAAUCUCAAGGCUCGACCAAGCCAAAGAGACAAAAGACCACUCCAAACAGAAGCCAGACUGAGCUGAAGCGUUCGCUGAGCACGAGUAGCCUCCAGAUGAUGGCUGAUGGCUUUGACGUUCCUGAGAUGCCCAGCAGCCCACCGCUCCCUGCUCAGCCCACGGUGGUCCGAGGUGCAGAUGUCCGGGUCCGGAGUAUGUGCCGAGUUGGAAAGGUUCGGGAUUCAGACAUUACCUGGAAAGAAGAGGCCCGCAAGGUUUCGCAUGAACUGAGCCAGAUCUGCGAAGAGGCAUUCAACGGCAGUUCUGUUACGACCAUGCGCACUGCUAGUACAGGUACGGGCUACGAGACGCCAGCAACACCCGUAUCGACUGCUGGUCUAGAGGAACGGACCUCCUCCACUGUCAAGGCAACCUCUGAGAAGGUAUCCUCUGACAAGCUGACGUCCACACUCAAAGACACUCCACGAUCUUACAGCAUCAAGGAGCUGGUCGAGACUCGUCGCAAGUUGGUUGAACACAGCAAGGGCCGGAAGGAUAAUAUCCCCCAAUAUCUGUCAGGCGUGAUCGGUCACCUUGAUCGAUUGAUUGAAACAGGUGAAGAGGGAGAGCAACCGGAAAAAUCCGCAGAAAUCGAGGUCACUGCCCUCCCUGAGACAUUUGAUGGAGCCUCACAGGAGACUCUUCCGGUUAUCAACGAGGAGUUUGCCAGCCCUGUUCGUGGAGGCAAUGACUACAGCCCGAAGCCUCAACAGAAGUCGCGGACAUCUGCGCCGCGCCCUCGGCCCAACGAUCCCAAAGCAACCAUUCGAAUGGUUCCUCACAGCUCCCUGAAGUCAUUCGACGAAGUCAAGCCAUUGAAGAUCCGCAAGAAGCACUCCACCAAUCACCUACCUCCGGAUGUCCGACAGACUCUCAACAACAAUUCCUCGGAACCCACCCGUCUACUCUCAACUGGGUCUCGACAGACCCGCCACCCUUGCGGCCUGGAUCCAAUUGAAGAGACCCCCAUCUCCCCCAGGCGCACAGACAGCCGUUCAGAGGGCAAGAAGUGGUCGUGGUUCAAGCACCGCUCACAUACCUCUGACAUGGCACCUGUACCGCCGCCUAAGGACAACCAGCCCAUCAUCCCCAGCAACGGCACCGUUGUGAUUCAUCCACCGCAAGAUCUUACCCCUCCUACUCGUGAUGAGCCAGAGGGUGGAAGAGAAAAAGCGGGAACUCGCAAAUCAUCCAUGGAGCGAUUCGGAGGCGUUCUACGGAAAACAUUCAUGGGGAAGAAGUCGAGUAAGAAUACUCAACCACCUGCUCUUGAAAAAGAGAAAGAGAAAUACUACCACAAGGACAGCCGCAACUCAACCAUGCUGUGCAAAGGCAUCGCCGACCCGGACAGUUCAUUUGAAGGCCACGAUCCCCAAAGCCCACCACCCCAGUACACCAAACGCCGCUCCGUCGCAAGCCAGAACUGGUUCGCCCGCGUGUUUCAGAUCAAGCCCGCUACCCGGGUCAUUGCCCUGAACACCUCCAAGAUCAAAGGCCGCAAGGAACUGUACAGGCUCCUCCGCGGUUGGGUUGAAUAUGGUAUGGAAGAUGUGUGGAUGGAUAAGAGCAACAGCGUUGUCCAUGGUCGAGUCGGAGAGGUUAACUUCCUCCGUCUUCGCGAAGUCGAGUUCAUCGCGGAGUUCUACACCGUCCUUGAGCACGGCCGCCAGGCGAAUCUGAGCCUCGUGCGCUUCAAGCAGGAGCGCGGAGCAGCCUCGUCCUUCAAUAAGGUUGUAGAUACAGUGCACAUGAUGCUUCGGCACCGCGGUAUGAUUGUUGAGGAUCCAGUGCGCGCGAGAAAGAUGUCGCGUGUACUUGAUACGGUGCCCAACCCUUCUUGA